AUGUCAGCCAAGAAAAAAUCUAUAAUUUUUACUGAUGACAUAGACGAGAUGUUGCUGAAGGAGGUAAACUUCUACAACCCAUUUAAAACCCCAGCUCGCUGGACAGAAGUAGCUGAAUCUUUGACUGGUCUGUUAGAGUUAACAAGUCCUUGCACUGCAAGAACUGUGAAAGAAAGAACUGUCAGGAUUAUUGCUAAGUGGAAAAGUAGUGAACUUGCAUCCCAAAAAGCGAGUGGCAUUCAACAAGAUUACACAGAGUUACAGAAACUGAUGAUUGAUGUUACUGAAUUAGAGAAGGAGGCAGAAAUAGAAAUUGCUGAAAAAAGAAAGACAACGAAUCCUAAAAUGAAAGCAAAAACUGACGCAGAAAAACUUAAAGAGGGAAAAGCAGUUCGAGAUAAAGCACUGCUGUGCUUCUCUAAGAAAGGAAAAUUGGAUGGUGUGAAAGAUGAGAUGAAUGAAAGGCCAGAACAAGAAACCGAGAACCAGGAUUCUGACACUGGUGAUGUGGAACCUCCAAAACCAAAGAAGAUAAAGAAAAAGGCAAAAGAGGACCCCUUGCUUAGCAUCUUAGCGAGAAAGCUGGAGCUUGAUGAACUAAAAGAACAGCGUAAAAUGCAAGAACUUGAAAUCAGAAAGCAGGAGUCUGAAAAUCAAAAGGCCCUUAUUGGUGCACUUAUUAAUCAAAAGAGCAACUGA